GGAUCGGCGCAGAGGGGAACUGCGCUGAUCGUUUGGAACGAAGAGAGGCGAGAAAGAGAAUUGAGACAGAAACCGAUGUAAAGAGUAUAUGCGUGCAAAAAUGGCCGUUUCUUCUAGAAGAAGCGUUAGAUGAAUGUCGCUCAAAAAGAGUGGUUUUUUGUUUAAAAAAUGGCGAGGUGACGAUACUGCAGUGAACUCCAUCGAGACAAGAUUUCUCAAUCGAGUAAUGCAAUUCCGUGGUUAUCCAAGGCGAGGAAUCGGGGAGUAACUGUGGCGGCUUUCUUAAUAAGGAGCUGGAACAAUAUGGCUUCUACCGGUGCUAAGCCUACUCCAAGGGCCACAGAAAAUCCCAGCCCCACAACGGAAGGGCCCCCAGAAGUAUUACAACAGGGGCACUUUUUUACUAAAAAAACAUUCCACAAACCCACCUAUUGUCAUCACUGCACAGAUAUGUUAUGGGGGCUAAUUGGUCAAGGGUUCAUAUGCGAAGUUUGUAAUUUCGUUGUUCAUGAACGUUGUGUGAAAACUGUAGUGUCUCCGUGUUCAACAAUUACUCCAUAUAUAAUUAAAAAUCCUGUUCCUCACUGUUGGAGCGAACCGGGACAUCUUAAAAGGAGGUUUUGUAAUGUAUGCAGAAAGAGAAUUGAAGAUAGCUGUGCAGUUAGAUGUGAAGUUUGUGAAUAUUCUGUCCACGUAGAAUGCCAAGAUUUUGGAGUUGCUGAUUGUAAGGAAUGUGCAACCUAUGUUCCAAGCCGUGAUGUGUCUACAAUGACACAAACCCAUCAUUGGAGAGAAGGUAAUUUACCCGCUAACUCGAAGUGCCAAUUAUGCAAGAAAACGUGCUGGUCAGCUGAAUGCCUGGCCGGUAUGAGGUGUGAAUGGUGUAAUAUCACAGUGAGUUUUCUUUCUUUUUUUAUCUCAUUUUGUUAUUGUAAAAUUGGGUUACUUUGUGACAGGUUAGGUUACUUUUGGACACUCGCGUUUUCCAGAGUUAAAUAAAUAAUAUAUAGCAUG